AUAUUCAGUGUAGUGGUUAUUUAUUUUUAUAAAUGUUAACGCUAAUUUAGAAACGACACCAUUUAGCUGUGAAGAAACCGCGAAGCUAGUCGGCUAAUUAUCCCGAGUAGCACUCACUCCUCAGGCUAGUGAUAGUUAGCUGUCAGCGCCCCGUCUCCGUCCUCCUCUCAUGUCCAUCCUCUGCGUGUCCCGGUCCAUCAGCGUCCCCUCUUCCUCCCCUGUCCCUCUCCGUCCCCCCUCACACCCCUGCACCCUGUCUCUCUGUGCCCCUGAUGUGCAGGACCAACAGUCAGCCUCAUGACUGCGUGGAUCAUCCUGCCUGUCAGCCUGGCCGCCUUCUCCAUCACUGGGAUAUGGAUCGUGUAUGCCAUGGCCGUGAUGAACCACCAUGUUUGUCCUGUGGAGAACUGGUCCUACAAUGAGACGUGUUCAGAGGAAAAAGCUGAACCAGGCUUCCCCAAAACCUGCUGCACCAUCCAGGACAUCCCACUUAUCAGUAAAUGCGGCUCGUUUGCUCCAGAGAGCUGUCUGUUCAGCCUCAUCGGCAACGUGGGAGCCUUUAUGGUGGUGAUGGUGUGUCUCCUGCGCUACGCUCAGAUCAUAGAGCACAGUCAUCACUGUUGGACCAACACGAGCAGCCUGGCGUCCGGGUUCACCAACGCUGCGGGGCUUGUUAUGGUGGGGAACUUCCAGGUGGACCACGCUAAGACUCUGCACUACGUGGGCGCGGGCGUCGCCUUUCCAGCCGGCAUGCUGUUUGUGUGUUUGCAGUGCGUGUUGACGUACCGCGUCGCCGUCACACCGCUCGAUUACCUGAUGGCCCACGUAAGGGUGGCGCUCUCCAGCAGCUCUCUGAUCGCCCUCAUCCUCAGCGGCGCCUUCUUCAUCCACGAGAGCUUCGUCCUGCAGCACGCCGCUGCCAUCUGCGAGUGGGUCUUCACUGUUCUCAUCCUCGUCUUCUACGGAACGUUCACCUACGAGUUCGGCUCAGUCACCAGAGACACCCUGAUAGCCGGGCUGCAGAAGAACCUCCCCCUUGGGGGUGGGGCUUCCAGGGAGCUGAAGACUCCAGGCAGGAGCAGCACCACGUCUACACAGCUGAACUGCAUGCCAGAGAAUAUAGCUAUGCUUUAACUACAACUCCCCCCACCCCACAUACACACACACUGCUGCCUUGAACUAAGUUCUAGAAGUCUGAGAAUUCUCCUGCACUGCACAGUUUAGUGGCAACUCCCAAUUUAAAAAAAAAAAAAAACACCAGAAUGGUUGACCAUCACGAUAUUAACCAACACCUCCAGAAGCCCCACCCGUUCAAUUAAUUCCUUGUGAGAGUUACUUUUUUUUUUUUCUUCUUCCCCCCCUUAAAUGAUUAACAGAUUUGGAGCUCUCUUGCUUUUGGUCACAGUGGGGGGGGGGACCAGGGAGGAAAUCGACGUGUGUCCAACUGAACAUCUGUUAACAGCUGUGUGUAUAUAUUUUUUAAAGAGAUGCACAGAAAUUUCAGCCACUCCACACUUUCAGUAAAACACUCCAAUCAUUGGCUGAAUUUUCGAUGCGUCCCUGAUGAGCUUCGUUAACUGAUGUUCACCAUGUACUUAUUUUAAAAGAAGGGCUAAAAAUGUUGACGCACUGUUUGAUCUCCAGCGCCGGUCAGCAUGUGUAGAACCGUUUCAGUUUCUACAAAGUACAUUAGACAAGUGAUCUAACAUGAUGUUGACCGACUUGAUGGAUUCUCACUCCUCUGUUCUACAUUCAGCUCCUAGUACUAGAGGGUUUUUUUUUUUAAAGUGUCAAUCAAUGACCUUCCCAAUGAAGGUGUGGCUUUAAGGCUACACCCUUAAAAUCAGAUGAAGGUAGAAUGUUCUGUAGCUUCUAAACGGUGCAGUGCAGGUCAUAAUCACUCCACAGAGGGAUGAGUUGAACAGGAAACAUGGCUCAUGGGGCUUAGUUUAGUUGCUGAAAUAUUCGUGUGGUGAUAUAUGUGCACACACGGGGGUUUUGUAAGGUUUGUCUAUCAGUGGUUGGGUUGAAGUACGUUUUCGCCAUGUUUGCACAAGGGCCCGCUCUUUAGUGGCCUGGAGCUGCUUCGCGUCAUUAUGACAUUUACAUGGAGGUGCGUCAUAUACCGAAGUGUGCCGGCGUGUGCACCUGCUUAGAAAUUUACAAACACAAUCGAGUCGCUGCACAUCCCAGUAAAAUCCCUGAUCGUAAGUAAUCACGGCCUUAUAGAGACAAUAUUUAUGCCUGAUUUUUAAUACAUCUCAUAAGUUUCUAUUAUCUUUGUGUUUAAAUAUGUUUUUUGUAUCUGGUCAAUCACACCUGUGACACCUUUCUCAGCCACCCAUCAGGCCACUUUCUACAGUUACUCCAUUUUCUGCUCGUUCACGAAACAUUUCAUGCCAAUGACAAGUUCGAUGAUGAACUUCAGCUUUGGUUGAUUAUUAUUAUUAUUUUUUUUUACAUUUUGUGCUGUUGCUAUGUCAGUUUCACGUUCAGUCUACCAAAGCCUUCAGUAUAUCAACGUCGAACACGAUCGCUGCGAGCAGCCUCCAUGUCGAACCACUCUACACGAGACUGAACUGUAAAUCCGUGUCUGUGCGUCCAGGCUGGAUCCUGGGAAUCAGUGUUUGUGGCCUUAAUCCUCUGUUGGUGGCGCUUCAAAAACCAAAGUGGGCUCCGUCAUGUGACGCCUCGCCACGCCGUUUCCGUUGUGCACAAGCGUUUGCCGGAACAUGCGUGUUCGACCACGCGGUCUCUGAAGGAUUCAGAGGAACUUGUUCACAUUUUCGGUGUAGCGAGGAUCAUUUCUGAGAAGCAUCACGUAGAGCUGGGCGAUGAUGUUUUAAUCAAUGCUAUUUCCCCGAGUCCGGACACUGGAGACGCCUUCCAUAAAUGUUCGUCUCCUUCCAGAAAAUAUCGCCAUAUCGACAGUCUCCCACAUUUUUCUUUCCUGUUUGUCAAUCGUACAAGUCCCUGUGAUUGUGCCGUUACUACAGAAACGAUAACCUAUUAGAACGAGUGCAUUAAUAUAAACCUGCGCUACUGUCAGAGCUGCUGUUCUACUGAAUUAAUCAACAACUUCUGACCAAUCAGGACCUGUUUGUCACAUGUUUAACAAGUAUGAGAUGUAGAGACUCGAGACACAUCAUUGGCCAAUGAAAAUGCUAUAAUCUCUAUUGUUUUUAGAACCAAAUUGUAUUCUCGACAUCGUGGAGAUUUCCAAACUGCAGAGAUUUAAACUGAGCUGAGGUACGUGUUGCUAAAUCGUGUGCAUGUUAAACAAACCAAAAGUUUAUUUUCAAAAAAAAAAAAAAAAAGUCAGGUGUGCGCUAUGAUUUGUAUCACAACGAGAACAGCAACGUGGUUUCGGUCGUUUUCUUUCCGUCGCCCAGCUCCGUUUGUGUGGAGGGAUGUCUGGUGUGCAGCUUUUCUAGCCGAACUGAAUGUCGCCAUGCCGUUUUCUCUUCAGUGCAAGUUAGUGCUAAUUAAAGACGACCCGCUGCUCUCACUGCUGUCCGUCCACUCUGUAGACCGUAGACGCUUUUUACAACUUCCAGCACUGUAUGAAGUGCAGCACUGCUGACUCGACUGAUACAUGAUUGAUUGUUUAAAUGACAUGUUUUGGGUUUUUAAGGUGUCCAAACUUCAUCAGGCUGGAAACCAACUUUUCAGCGACGGAGUGACCGUUGUGAUGAGUCGCUUCCAGCUUUUAUCCACGUUCACGUAACCAAAGUCCCACGCUUUUCACUGUUUUUCUUUAAAUACCAUUCGUGUUCUUGCAUCUGCUUGACAAUCAGGAGUUCUUCACAGCUCAAAUCCUGCCAACUUUUAUUUUAAAAGACCCAGUCAGUCAGUCAGAAUGGGGGGUAAAAAUUAAGUCACUUAUUUUGUGUACGUUCCCAACCCCAACCUGUUGCACUUUUUUUCUAAUGUCUUUUAAAUGUUUUUUUUGUUUGUUUUUUUUAAUCUGCACAGUCUCUUCAGAAAAAAAAGCAUAAAAGGAUCAAAUUCCAAAUCUGAAAUAUAAACCAGUGCCGAAAGUAUGUCACUUUGUAAGAAAAAUAAAUUCUGAUUUCUGUA